AUGGCGUCGCUUUGGGUGCCCGUAGGCCGUGUGGUAUUUGUUGUUCUCCUGCUUAGCCAAGGGGGAUUUUUUGUCGCUUAUUCCAUCGAAUAUAAGGUUGCAGCUUGGGCACCGACAGUACAAGGUGUUUUAUUUGCUAUAACAGCGAUCGUGUGGUUUGCUCUCAUCUGCAAGAAGCCGAAACUUAGUUGUCUGUUUUAUGUCUGGGUUUCAUACGUUAUUACCCUUGUCGUGAACAUUGGAAUCUUAUUUGGAACUAUCGGAGACAAACUCGACAGCGAAACAUUCCUUGGCCCUAAUGUCCUGAAGGGAGUUCUGUGCGUUACACCUCCUCUGUUGCUGUUGUUGUUACACAAUGCUGACGAUUUAGAUCGCUCUGAUGAGCGCAAAGAUCUAGUGUCUAAGCUUUCCUACCAAAUGGCCAUCGAUCUUUUCGACGUUGUAGAUAUGAUAGAUAUCGUCUUGGAAGACAAAAGACACGGGAGUGCGAAUUGCUCAUGUGCAAAUGUUACAGUAAAUGAAACCCAACCGACAGUUGCAACGUCAAGCCUCAACACAAUUCCUGAAAGUUUCGGAAUAGUCAUGAUUACAGUGGCAUCUCUCAGUCUACUUAUGUCACUUUGGCAAUUGUUUGAGAACAAGCUAUCACGACAUGACACAAAGAUUCGCUUCCGAGCGACAGUUCUUCGCAAUUUGGUAGAGAUAGCUUUGGUUAAUUUCGUCUUCUUGGUCAUUCGCUUAGUGGUGUACGCUGAGUACCGCAGAAAUGAGUCUAUCUUUAUUGCAAAGAAUAUCAUAUCAAUAGUUUUGUCCAUUUUGGAAAUUAAUGCACAUUGUGAAUCACAUUCCGUUAAAUUUUGGUCUGAGUUAUGUAAAAGUUGUUUUGGACUGAGAGUGGUCUAAAAUGGCAAGCAGUGUUUGUUGUCAUUAUUUACUCAGUGCGAAAUCGGUUUAGAGACAUAACUUUGUGAAAACUGCUUAGACAUUAUUUAUUAUAGUAAUUUUUUACUAUUGUAUCGCUGUAUGAAGGUAGACAUUCCUGCACCUGUUUUAUAGUUGUGACUUAAGUGAUAUCUAAAGCCGAGGUCAAAUACAAGGUAGCGUUGUAAGUUUAAAAAAUCUUACAAGUUUUGCUACUAUAUACUCUUUUACUUCUUUUUAAGGUUUAAAUUUAAUGUAACAUAAGAUAUAUGAUUUCAUAUCUGUCGAGAAAUUAAGACUACAAGACUCUUGAUGUGUAACUGAAUGUGUAAUCAUGGAAAUGAUUAAACAGCGUCACCCAAAUCGAUCACCAAACUACGGUUACACACAUUAAGGGCCUGUUUACAUGGAGUAGGGGACCCCAGUCUAGUGGGGUUGGUUUCUUUUGUUUUCACGCUCUGGAGGACACAAAACAAACCUACCCCACUAGACCGGUGUCCCCCACUGCAUGUAAACAGGGUCUAAGAACUGUUUCUCACAGUGUUCAAAUAUUCAAUUUUAACAUGGUGACCCACAGACUAAAAAGGCAGCGAUCUCAGUGGGAUAUAAUCAAUGAAUUUAGUCUUUAGACUUUGUAAACGAAUAAUAGAAACACUUACAAACUUGUAACCUUGACUUUGCCUGCCAAGAACUAUUACGACCGUAAACUAUUAAUUCGGACAGCGAAAGAUUACGCACAAAAUUUCAAUGUUGUUGAUGGGGAGUUCAUACUCAACUAAAAGUUAGUAUUCAAAUGCAAUAGUUUAUUUGUCGGAAUGUUUUUUAAAAUUCUUGUCCUGUGAGACACGAGAGAUUUUUCUAGAAUUAUUUCAAUUAAAUCGUUCAAUUCAUAUGAAGAUAGAUAGAUAGAUAGAUAGAUAGAUACAAACUUUAUUAAAGUGUCAAAAGCCGUUUUUCCAGAAUAUUCUUUAAUUUCGAUCGUUCAAUUCAUAUGAAGAACGGCAAUUUUGUUUUUUCUCGAGUGGAAGGCUAAAAAGUUCGAAUUCGUUAAACUAACUAAAAGGAUGGAAAGGCCGUCAUGAUUAGAUGCAAAUUUUGUAUCCUACGUAAUUCCGGGGAGUCGCUUAACUUAACAGUUGCUCUUAUUACGUCACUUACCAAAAGCAAUCGGGUUUUUUAUUUGUAUUUGUUCACAUCGGCUUUUCUCGGAAAAGAUUACUUCAUUGUCUUACGUUUUCUCAGAAAGGGAAGCACUAAAACAUGGAAUCCGGAAUCCGGAAUCCGGAAACGGAAACGGAAACAAACGGAAACGGAAUACAGAAUCAAAUAUCAAUGAUAGAAAAUUAAAGAAUUUCACAUUACACAAUUUAGUACAAUCCAAAGAGAAUUUGUCUUAGUUUUCUUGGCAGUUCCCUUAAAUAUAUUCUUAUUAUUGUGUCUUGAUAAGGUUUGCCGUAGUGUGGGUUACUGCACUGUAAGGCCGAUGAAAGUAAUUUUACGAGUAAUUUUUUUUCACGAGUUCAUGGGUUGAAUAAUACAGUUAAAUAUUACUUUUGUAGCUAAUUGUCAAGAAUAGUAGUAGUUAGCCUCAGACCACACCACGUGAUUGUCCCCAAACUGAAUACUUCACACAUGACCGACCGGUGACAAAACCACAGUUCCGGUGUUUUAGCAAUAAGUUCAACUUUUUCGCCAAGCUGAAUACUGAUGGAAUACUGUAAUACCGGUAAUUGAGUUUACGUGGACGUCCUUUUUUUGUUGAAGAGGCUUAUUAAACAUAGCGCAUUAUUUUGAUGUAAUCGGUUGCGGAAUCAAGCAAAUGCAUGCACAAUUCUCUCCUCUCUUUGGACUCCACAAUGCCAUGGUUCUCUUGAGUAAGUUGUCUUGAUAAAUAAAACUGAACACUGUUGAAGACAACCCAGAAAAGACAAUAAGAAAAACUUGACGGCGACGCCUUUCAGUUAUAUAAACGACGCCUACGACGAUUCAAACGAAGUCUGUCUCCAUAUAACUUACCUUUUUUUUAAGGCACUAGUUUUUGUCAGUGACGUUUUUCUCCUCGCUUUGCUGUCCCAUGACAAUUUACAUUCAUUGCCGAUAGUGGUAUCAAGCGUCUUUUCACCGGAAUCGACUCCUCUAGUGAUACAGCAGUCUCCUCUCCUCUACUCUGCUAAUUUAUUCAUUUGUGUCUUUUUUUUUUUAAUCUGUUUAUUUAUUUUAUUGUCAUUGCUAAUAUUUUAUUUUCAAAUCGAUCGCUUGGAACCUUCUUUCACAGAUUCCGUAUUCCGUUUCCGUUUCCGUGAUUCCGUUUCCGUUUCCGGAUUCCGGAUUCCGGAUUUUAGUGCUGCCGGUAAAAGAACAUUCUUGAAUUAUGCUCAAAGUUUAUUAGGACGCAAUAGCAGUAACUUUGUUAUAGGAGCUUCUAGAGGCGAAAAUUAUCGUAGAAGUUCCUUAAAAGAUUAUCUUUAUCAUGGCCUCUUGGUUAGUCUGCACUGGGCGAUUCCUUUUCUUUGGCUUGUUAGGCCUUCAGGCCUCCUCGCUAGCUUCGUAUCCUGCCGAGUACAAAAACGAAGAUGGUUUCUAUGGACUAGUCCUCCUGUACGGUCCUGCAAUGGUUCUUUGGCUUUAUAUCAUGUGCGAUGACAAAAAUUUACCAUGGUUAUUUGCUGUUUGGAUAUGCUAUAUCUUUGGUUUCGUGAUCUUCAUCCUAAUCAUAUUUGGAGGCGACAAACCGUUAGAAGAUAAACUCGACAAAGCGAAAUUCUUCGGUCCAAACAAUCUAAAGAUGACACUUUGCCUUGCCCCAGUGAUUUUGUUGUUGCUUUUGAGUACUGGAACAGAUUCUAACAUCUACAGAGAUCAAAUCUGGCAGAUAUCCCUACGAAUGGCUCUGGAUCUCUUCGAUGGAGUUGAAAUGCUGGAAGUUAUCAUCGAAGAAAAUGAAGUCAGCCAUGGCGUUCCAAAGCCCUUUGAAAAAGCCAUACUCGCUUUUGUCUGUAUCAGUUUUAUCUUCUCCCCAUUGCAACUGGUUGAGAUAAAGUUAAGAAGUUCCAAUAGGUGGGGAUUUCUACAUAGAUGUAGAGAAGGUUUGCGAACAGCCCUACAGAUCAUCUGUGUUAAUUGUGUGUUUUUGGGGCUUCGCAUGUAUCUAUGGCGGGGCUACGAAAAAGAUGCCUCUAUUUUUAUUGCUAAAAAUGCUAUUGUCAUUUGCCUUGGCCUUUUCGAGGUAUGUUCAAUCGGUCAAUGUUGUGGUUGUGACGAUUACUGA